UACUACGCGAACAUUAUUACAAAACACAAAUGACGUCAUCAUUGUAUUUCAACUGACUGUAAAAAAAAAGCUCUUGACGUUGGAAUAGAUUGAUUACGCUUGACAAAUUUCAUCAGAUCGAUAGGCAACGCGGUUAGUGAUGGAUGGACCGUGCAUUUGCGGAACGGUUUCUGUUGUGGAAACGACAACGAGGACAACCUCUGACGGAAAAUACGUCAGUCAGUUGGAUCCGGCGCAGUCGAAAGGAAACAGCGGAGCUCACAACAUGUCUGACGAAGAUCAGUGGAGACAACAGUGGAUUUCCAAGCCAGUGGAGGAACUAUGGGACUCGCUGCAGAAGGGAAAGUCCCAGUCGCUCCUGAAGAAACACCUGACCGAGGCUACUUACAAAAAGCUAAAGGAUAAGAAGACAACCCUCGGAGGGACCCUGGCUCAAUGCAUCAGCUCUGGCGCCCUGCACGAAGGCAGCAAGGUGGGAAUCUACGCCUGCGACCCGGCCGCAUAUUCGGACCCUGACUGGAAGGAGCUGUUUAACCUCAUCAUCCAGGACUAUCACACCGGAAAUGCCGCCGGCACCGUCAAGCAUCCACAGCCCAGUUUCGGCACAGACGCCGAGAUAGACAGCCUCGGUGACCUUGAUCCCACCGGUCAGUUCGUCGUAUCCACUCGCGUCCGAGUGGCCAGGAGUCAUGCGGGCAUGCCGUUCCCUCCCGCUGCCAAGAAAGAGGACUUCGAGAAGAUGGAGAAGCUGGGCUGCGAGGGCCUGUCCACACUGACCGGGGAGCUAGCAGGAACGUACUACCCACUUCGCGGAAUGGACAAGGCGACGCAGAACAAGAUGAUCGAGGACCACUUCCUGUUCCGUGCAGACGACUCCGUUCUCGGAGAUGCCGGCGGAUACAGCUGCUGGGACACUGGCCGUGGUAUCUUCCACAACAAAGACAAAACCUUCCUCACCUGGCUGAACGAGGAAGACCACUUCCGGUUCAUUUCCAUGCAGAAGGGAGGCAACCUCGGACAAAUCUACAAGCGACUUGUGUCGGCCAUCAAGCAUAUGGAGACCAAGAUGAAGUUCGCCAAGAUGGACGGCCUGGGCUACCUGACCUUCUGCCCCACCAACCUGGGCACCACGCUCCGCGCUAGCGUCCACGUGCGCGUUCCCAUGCUCAGCAAGGAUCCAAAGGUGCUCAAGGACAUCUGUGCCAAGUACAACCUCCAGCCCAGAGGCGUCCACGGCGAGCACUCAGACAGCAAGGGCGGCAUCUACGACAUCUCCAACAGACAGCGCCUCGGCCUCACGGAGUUCCAGGCCGUCACUGCCAUGAAGAACGGCGUGCUCGAGAUCAUCAAGGAGGAGGCAAAACUCACCUGGAUGCCCAAGCCAAUGCCGGAGCUCUGGGAGCGGAUCAGCAAGAGCGACUCGCAGUCCCUCAUGAAGAAGUUCCUCACCCCCGAGGUGUACGCCAAGCUCAAGGACAAGAAGACGUCACUCAACGGCACAUUGGCUCACUGUAUCAACUCAGGCUGUUUGCACCUCGGCAGCAAAGUGGGCAUCUACGCCUGCGACCCGGACGCCUACACGACGUUCGAGGACGUGUUCAACCCCGUUAUCAAGGCCUACCACAAGGUGGACUCCAUCAACCACCCCGUGCCCACGUUCGGCACCGAGGCGGAGAUGAAGGCCCUCGAGAACAUCGACCCCGAGAACAAGAUGGUGCUCUCCACCAGGAUCCGCGUAGCCCGCAGCCACAAGAAAUACCCUUUCCCGCCCGCCUGCACAUCCGAGGACUUUGAGAACAUGGAGGCGGACUCCGUGGCGGCCCUCAGCACGCUAACGGGCGAGCUGGCCGGAAACUACUACCCGCUGCGCACCAUGGACGCUAAGACGAUGGAGCAGAUGAUCCAGGACCACUUCUUGUUCAGGAACGACGACGACGUUCUUGGCGACGCCGGUGGCUACAAAUACUGGGACAUCGGGCGUGGCAUCUUCCACAACAAGGACAAGACUUUCCUGACCUGGGUAAACGAGGAGGACCAUCUUCGCCUCAUCUCCAUGCAGAAGGGCGGCGACCUGGGCACCGUUUACCGGCGUCUCGUCAAGGCCAUCAACGAGUUGGAGAAGAAGCUGACGUUUGCAAAGCGUGACGGCUACGGUUACCUGACCUUCUGCCCCUCUAACCUAGGCACCACGCUACGUGCUAGCGUUCACAUGGCCAUCCCCCACGUCUCCAAGCAACCGAACUUCAAGGAGUUCUGCGAGAAAUAUUCCAUACAGCCAAGAGGAAUCCACGGCGAGCAUUCAGAGAGCGAGGGUGGCGUGUUCGACUUGUCCAACAAGCGCCGUCUGGGCCUCACCGAGUACGCCGCCGUGCGGGAAAUGCUCGACGGUGUCCUCGCCAUUAAGAAGUGGGAGGAGGAACUCGCCGCGAAAAAAUAGACCGUUUAAAGACUAUUUUUCAAUUUUGAACAAAACAAUCCUUAUUUUGAAUCUCAUUUGUAUGUGAACAAAAUCUUCAUUUAAAUUGAUUUUGGAAUAUGUGGAAAGGUUUUUGUGUUAUCUAUCGACUUUGUAUUUACGAGAAAACAGUUGUGAGAUUUCUAUGCAUUUAUUUAGAGACUAUUUGUGGGGGAUUUUGUUGUUGAUUACUAUUUUAAGUCGUGCUUUGCUAGGUCUUUUAGAUGUUACGUGAUCAAAACGACCCAACCCCGUGGUGCAGUGUGGUGUGUCUACAUAUUGUUUUCCUAUUUUAUCAACUACACUGUGAUUUUUUUCAAGUUGUUGAGUUUUCCUAUUUAUAUCUGUGUUUUCCAAGAACCAAAGAAAAAAUAUAAAAACA